GACGCUCUUGUUGGACGCGCGCAGUGCACUCUGAGCGCACGCCGGCUUUUUUCAGUUUUUCUGUUUUUCAUAAGUUUCAAUUAACAAACUCGGGAUAUUUCCUGGAUGUAUAUAAAAAAAUGACCUGACGACAUGUAGUUUUAUCACAACCAGCUCCUGUGAAGGCGGCGAGUGGGCGUCGGAAGGCUAGCGCCGUGCGCAACAAGAGCAGGUGGAUGGAGAGGCUGGCGCGGGAUGCGGUUUUUCCAGCAGGUCAGCGCCGCUCCGGAGCGGCUGGACUCUACAUUCUGUGCUGAGGGACGUGAUUUGAGCAGGACGUGUUUAAAAAAUCCAUCCCGGUCUCUAACCAUCUCCUUCCAGCUGGGAUGUGAUAUUUUUCGUCCCGAAACUCAGAGCCCUAAAAACAUUCACCCAAAGAUCUCAAAUUCCCAGAACCCCAUGCACAUCCUGGAACUUAACACAUGAAGUCCUCAACCCUUAUUUCCACCAUCCUGUGAAUUCAAAUCAAUGUCCAACCCAAAACCCAUUAAUAGCUACCGUCUCUGACCUCCUCUCUGAUCGCACCCUAUCUCUUACUUGUCAACGUUUUUUUUUUUGUUUACAACCCUUUGAUUUCCCAAAACAUAGUCAGCCAUCAUGGCCUUGGAUCAGUGGCCCUUCCUCUCGACUCCCCCAAACACCUCCAUCCUCGAGCCCCUCCUGUACAACAGCUACAUUCAAGGGAAUUUGUCCGACCUGGCCCUGAACAUCUCAGAGACCAGAGAGCGUCACCAGGACAAGACCAGCUCUGUGGUCAUCACCUUCAUCUAUUUCAUGGUGUGCUCCGUGGGGCUCUGUGGCAACACCCUGGUCAUCUAUGUAAUCCUGCGUUACGCCAAAAUGAAGACAGUCACCAACAUCUACAUCCUGAACCUGGCAGUCGCAGAUGUUUUGUGCAUGAUGAGCCUGCCAUUCAUCGCCCUGCAGCUCGCGCUGGUACACUGGCCCUUCGGAGAAGCUCUUUGCAGAGUGAUCAUGACUGUAGACUCUCUCAAUCAGUUCACCAGCAUCUUCUGUCUGAUGCUGAUGAGCAUCGAUCGAUACUUGGCCGUGGUCCACCCCAUUAAAUCUACAAAAUGGCGGAAGCCCCGUGUAGCCAAGCUAAUUAACCUGACAGUCUGGGGUGUGUCGCUGUUGGUCAUUCUGCCAACUAUGAUCUUCAGUGGCCUGGACAAGGUGCCAGUAUGUGGCAUCGUGUGGCCGGAGCCCCAGGACGUCUAUUACACAGCCUUCAUAUUCUACACCUUUUUCAUUGGUUUCUUCUUGCCCCUGGCAGUCAUAUGUAUGUGCUACCUGCUUAUUAUAAUCAAGGUGAAGUCGUCUGGCAUGAGAGUGGGCUCCACCAAGCGCAAGCGCUCAGAGCGCAAGGUGACAAGGAUGGUGUCCAUUGUGGUGGCCGUGUUCGUGCUCUGCUGGCUGCCGUUCUACAUCUUCAACGUCACCUCUGUCACCAGCUCCAUCAGCCCCACCUCUGCUGUGAAGAGCACCUUCGACUUUGUGGUGGUCCUCGGCUACGCCAACAGCUGCGCGAACCCCAUCCUGUAUGCCUUCCUGUCGGACAACUUCAAGAAGAGCUUUCAGAAAGUUCUGUGUCUGAAAAAGGUGGCGGGCCUGGACGAGAUAGAGCGCAGCGACAGCAGGGCGGACAGGAGCAGGAUGGUCAUCGAUGCAGUGAACAACGCCAACUUGGAGACUCACAAUGCCGCCCUGCUCAACUGCGAGCUUCAGACCAGCAUCUGAGGAUAAAAUAGAAGCAGUCACAUCUAGGGAGGCCAGAGAGACUGAGCAGUGGUGCUUGGGGGAUGAUGGGCUCCUCUUGCACUGCUAGUGACCUCGGCUCAAUGACGCCGGGGCGAGAGGAUGAUGUUAUAGCUGCCGCUCAUGGACAAGGACACAUGAGCAUAGUGAGUGAAAAAAAUAAACAAUUUCAUCAGGGUUUUCAAAGGUCUGGGAAAGUACACUGACUCCAGAUCAAACACUUUAUAUGUGGACUAAUGAGGGAACUUUAGUUGAUUAGCCCUGAGCUGAAGCUAAUGUAUGAUAUGACAAAUUAUGUUCAACACUGUAGAGAAAUCAAACACAAAUAAGACUGCAGCUCACGCUCACCAGCCUGGGACUACUAUCAAGCUACCAGAAAAAAAACUACCAUCGAAGAGUGGACCCACCGGAGAAAAAGCAGGGGGUGAGUUCACCCAUAGUGAGGACAGAGGCGGCUGAGCUCCGUCUCUGACUCAGUGAUGGAGAUUUCCAGAUCUUACAAGGUCGGGCAUUGAUUUCUCUGAAUGUGGAAAUACUCUGGAAGAAGUGGGCCAAACAUUUCAAGCUGGCACUGUAAUUCUCCAGAGACUUUGAAAGAUAAAUAUCAGCAACUAAAGCUCAAAGAUGAAUACUUUCAUGGUCAUGUUUUAUUCCUACCAGCUGAAUCGUCUGGUCUUGCAUGAUCGACAGUGCAACAAAAUGGUAAACCUGUCAAAACAAAUCAUAUUUACCCUGAAAGGAAGGAUGCUCUUUUCCCCAUCUCAGUGAAAGGAGCUGCAUUGAUCUGUAAAUGCUUGAAUUUAACAUCUUGGAUUACUGAUUAUGUGGAAGGAAGGGAAAACAUAUUGGGAGACGCUCUGACCCUGCGUACUUUGUAUAUAGGAAAUGUAUUUUUUCUUGUCAACCUCUAGGGGAACGUUGUGCUCAUAACUUCAUGUCCAAGCCAAAAUGAAUCUCAAAGGCAAACCCUGCUGUAAAAUUCUGCGUUGUUGUGAUGUGUCAGGAAAAGCUUUGAAACUAUGUUUGCGGAAUCCAUCACGCAUAUGUUAUAUGUCACUGCAACCUGGUCUUUAAAAUAUUUUCCCUCUGUGCCAGAGACGCAGCGAUGAAGAGCCAAUUUCUUCUUGUAAAGUUCUGUGUUUUGACAAUGUAAUAUUUCUGAGUUUAACGUCGCCUAAGACAGCAUGUGGUUUCAAAGACGCUUAAAUCUCACAGACGACAGGAAAAUGCAUCGCUUUGUCAAAGAGGGAGAGGGAAAGGAUGAAGAGGAAAACACAGGGAAAUAAAUACUUACAGGUGAAAAGAAGAGAUGGAGAUGUGUGGCUGAGAGAGCGAUACACCGAAACACAAAUAUAAUCUAUUGCAUUUUAUUCUCAAUAUAAUUUUCUUUUUCAUAAUAUAACUGCGGACGUCCCGAUGGUUGGGCAACAACGACUGAGAAGAGCCGGUUGUGUUUCUGAAGCUCUGAACUGAACUCACCUGAAUUUACACAUCAGACUAUUUAAUCACAGAACCUGUCAUUUAACUAUCAAUGCAUUUUAUAUGUGUUUGGUUGAUUUCAGCUUGUUAUUACACAAAAUCCAAAAUCAAUGUAAAGUUGACUUGAAGGACUCGUGAAGUACAAAGUCUUUGGCCUUACUGUGCUUUCUGACCCAUCAGCCACCACACCUACCCACCUGUUUUUUAAUGUGGCAGUUGGAAAACCCACAAUACCAUAAGAGAUUUCUAACUUAGUGCUCUAUUGCUCCAUUGUAUAACUGUGUGCACCGCUAUCUGGUGCGUGCUCACUCCUACUGUCGGACGCAAUCAUCCGUAAGGUUUUUACUGUUCAAUCGGACAAUCAGACCUCAUAGAUUCAGCUGCUGUUAUUCACAUACCCACAAGUGCAGUCUCUCUCUCUCAUGCAAGAACUUCUCUUUUCACUCUUUCGUCCACAUGUGCACAAUACAUAUUAAAAAGAAAAACAUUUAUUUAAAGUAGAUUUAGACUAGGGGCGCUUUUACUAUGUUGGUCUGGAAGAUUAGCUAAAGAUGGAGGACAUGCAUCUGUUCAAACUGGAUUUUAAAGCUGGCUAUUAAAAUCUUGUUUUCCCAGGUCCAGUUUUACCCAGUUGAUAAUCCAGCUUGGUUUUUAACUUCAGACAGACAGAAGUACAAGAGACAUGCAAUUUACUAAUUUAUGAAGCAUAUAUAGAUCAUUCAUAAAGUACCUCCACACCCACUCUCAUGCAACAGAUGUCACCAAAGUGACAUAUUCCAACCAGUACAGUUCUGUGUGAUGAAUAUGAAGGCAAACUCUUCAGCCUUGUUGAUCUCCACAUGUCACACAGACAUAAGCGCUUUGCACCCUUGUCUGAAUAAUGCAAAAGGCGAUAAGGGUGACGAGCUGUGUAACGUAAUACUCUAAGUUAUUCCGUUUUUUAAAGGAUAAAUUAAAAUACAUCUGUUGAAAAUGGAGACAGUCAGCAACACAAAGAAUGGAAAAAACACAACAUAAAUAUUCAGGAAAUUAAAUUAACAUCGAUUAGCUUUUCAUUUUCAGUCUGAAAAGGAGAAGGAAGAAGCAACAUGCUUGUCUCAUCCUACCCCCCUAUUCUUCAUUUAAUCAUCAAAUGGAAAUUACAAAUACAACUCCAUACUUCCCCCAGUGUCCAACUGCCCACUACAUCGCUGCAGUCUUCUUCUCUAAUGUGCAGAAACAUACCUUUCCUCUCAGUAUUUUCUGCUCCUCUCAUAAACGAUGUAUUUAUACAUCUUUUUAAACAUUCUGAGAUCAUUGCUUUGUUUUAUUUCCUCCCUCAGGCUAUUCUACAAAAUCUCCCCACAGACUGACAUGUUUGUAUUUAGACUGGUGCGAAAUAUCAGGUUAAAUUUCUCUCUCAAAUGAAAACUCCCAAAACAACAUUUGUACGUUUCCAGGAAAUAGAUUAUUUCUUACUGUGUACUUGUUUUAAAUUCCACCAGGUCCAUGACCUUCAAUCUAUAUGGCUUUAAAAACAAAUUAUUUGUGAGUUGAUAUCCGACGUUAGGUACGAUCCCUAUGGCUCUUUUUUGUAGUGAGCGUCAUUGUUGCAGGGAGGUUUUGAAGGUGAUGCCUUAACACAAUUAUCCACUUAUGAUCUCUAUCUUUGUCUUCACCCCCCUUCCAGCUCAUUUCUGUGUCUCUCUUUCUCUCUCUCUCUUUCAUUUGCGUGCAUGGCUGGUGAAGAAUAUGAGCUGACACAAAUUUUACACCCACCCAAGCUGAUCUGAGCUGAAAUGAACUGAACCAUGCUAAGGAAAGCACAAUGUCUGUCUAUGCCACUGGCUAUCUGAACAUAAUUAACAGACCUUAUGUACGUAAUGGAGCACCCUGAUGUUUUAUAGAUGUUGAUGAGACAGUUUGUGUCAAAACCAGUGUAAAUGUACAGCUACAAAGGGGAGCUGUGGCGAUGAGACGGUGCCUGUGGUAACUGCUUUCUCUGUCAUUUUGGAAAUGGAGACCUGAAUAUGUCUCUGAAAUUAGGUCGUGCCAUGUUCUGGAAAAGAUGCGAUUAUCUGGGUUGACACCGAUCUCAACUUGCCGGGUUCAGCUCAGCGCCAAAUGUAGAAAGUGCAUUUGUCUGAAUAUCUGGCUGAUUCCUGCCACUCUGUAGUGUAGAAAAGCAAAGCCGGGGGGGGGGAGGGGACCUCUCUGUUUCUGAGUUCUGUGUAUUUUGUUUUUUGAAGCAUUAGUUAAUUUGCGAAGGGCUAGAACGUGCACUCCAGAGGAUGCACCGUUCAAUAUUAAACUCUGUGUAUUUGUGGUAUCCGUCACUUUGUUAUAUAGCCUCUUUACUUUAUCACCACACGUACUAAAUCCAGUGAUUCAUUUCUACUGGGUGUGACCUCUUUUGCUAGAUACACUCUCAGAAAAAACAGGAAAAAAUAAUGUUGAAGUUGUACAGUGGUUUGUGUUUGUGUUUAGCAACAACAGAUGCAGCUGCUUAGGUCAUGAUCGGCAGCACAAAUGGAGUUCAGUGAAAUAAAAUAAAAUGUUUUCCACAAUACAGAUAAUAAUUCUGACUAAGACAAAUUAGAAGUAAGCUGGUAAUAACUUACCCUCCCCCAGGAAUGCGAUUUGUUUAAGGGGUGUGGCUUGGUGCACCUGAAAUGUUUAAAUAGGUGCUUGAACGAGUGGCACUAUCCGUGGUACUGAAAGAGAGCUCUCAUGCUGGCAUGUAAAAUCAGCGCUUUGGUUUUGUUGGACAUGAUCGCAUCCCCCGUGUGUGCAUGAAGAAAGGAAGACAUACGUGUGACAGUGUUACGCUGACUCUAAUUUUCAAAAAUGGAUUUCAAAUAUUCCUGAAACUAAAGUGGAUGGAGUUGUUAAAGUUUUACUUGUGCCAGACGACAGGUGUUAGAAUGAUGUUCAGGUUGCACCUAAACCACAAAACAACCAGAUUAAUACGCACCAACUAAAAGUUUCAUUUGUGAUUACAGAUGCAUCCGAUUGCAAAGUCAUCAAAUUAUUUUCCCAAAUUCAAUGCACGUUGCUGUUAUAAUCUAAAUUCAACCCUUUUUUCUAUGUCGUAACGUUUGCUCACGGGCUUCAUCUUUUAUAAAAACCCACUGUGGUUCGUGAUUUGCAGUAUUUUCAUUCAUAAAAAUGUUCAAAAACAGAUCUCUCCCUGCAGACAUGGAUAUGUACCUUCCUGCUCUGUUACUUUUGUCUAUGUGCCUUGGAACUUAAACUGCAUAUAAUAUCAUGUGAAGACAUUGGUGUACUGCAACUCAAGAUUUUAACCUGUUCAUCCCAAAAGCCAAGCAACCAAAGGCCUUUGUAUUGUACAGACGGUACAUGUCGGUAACCAAAACAUUACAGAGACUUGCUGUAUAUUAUUUUUAAUACUUUUACCCUGGCUUACAUAGCUUAUGUUUGUGUGGUUUAAUGUUAGAAGCAGAUGUUUAUUUGUGACUCUUUAUUGUUGCAUAGUUGAUAAUGUGAUCACUGAUUGUAACAGACAGGCCGUUGUCUCUGCAAUUAAACUGCAGACCAGUUUCUGCUC